AUGUUGUCAGCUUCUUUGCUCUGUGUUAGAAGGAUGAAGAUUUUCGGCGUUGAUGAAGUUCAACUAGUCACACGUAUAGCCAGCAGGCUUAAGAAGAAAAAGCAGGAAGAGCAGGUGAAGACCUCUCAAAGCACUCCUAAGACAUACACGAGUUCUCAGGUUGAGGUUCCUGAGAAGAACAAACAAGAGAAAAAGAAAGGAAAAGGGAAGGACUCUGCUAGUAAGAGUAAGAAGAGGAAGCAUGUCUCUGAAAAUGUGCCAGACAUUUCUACUACUGUCAGGAAGAGGGUAAAUGGAAAAAGAGUUCCCUUAAAUGUUGCUGAUGUCCCUCUAGACAAUGUAUCUUUCCACUCUGCAGAAAAUGCUCAAAGAUGGAAAUUUGUCUCUCAUAGGAGGAUUGCUAGGGAGAGAGAACUAAGUGAAAAAGCUUUAGGAAUCCAGGAGAUCUUGAAUCUUCCGAGUGAAGCUGGUCUAAUGAAGACUGUCAGGGAUCUUGGCAGAUGUUAUGAGAAACUGGUUAGGGAGUUCAUUGUAAACAUUCCCUCUGAUUGUGAGGAUGAAAGUUCUGAAGAAUUCAACAAAGUUUUUGUGAGAGGAAAGUGUGUGAAUUUAUCUCCUGCUGUGAUCAAUGAGUAUUUGGGAAGAAACUCUGAAGCUGUGGUUGAGGGGGAGUCUGACCUUAAUGAAGUGGCUAGUGUCAUCACUGGAAAACUGGUCAAGAAGUGGCCCAAGAAAGGAUUGCUGCCCUCUGGAAAGUUGACUGCCAAGUUGAUCUUCUUGAUAGGUACAGGAGCCAAGGUGGAUUUUGGCCAACAUGUGUUUGAGCAGAUUAUCAAGCAUGUUGGAUCCUUUGUUGUGAAGCUGCCUAUCAUGUUUCCCUAUCUCCUGAUUGAACUGAUCUUGCAGCAAAAUCCAGGCAUUUUGAAGGAUGAUGAGCUUCAAGACAUUGUGUUGUAUGCUGCCAAGGGUGGUGCUAGUGCAAGUGGAGCCAAGAGGGUUACUGAUUCAAGUAAGGAGGACAUUCUUGGUGAACUGAGAGAGAUCUUCAAAUCUCUUCAAGAUACCAUUCAAGCCAGCAAGGUUAGAAAGCAUAAUGUUGAUCAGCUCAUCAGAAAGAUGAUUGAAGCAUAUGUUGAAGAUGAAGCGGACCAUGCUGAGGAAGAAGAAGAAGAAACUCUACACUGGUUUGAUGAUGUGGAUGUGGUAGUUAGUUUGUUGGUAGCUACUUCUGUGGAUGUUUGGAAGUUUUUAAAGAUUGACUUCCUGUUUUUUCAUGGACUCUUUGUUCGUUCAAGCCCAUCGAAGACAAGGUCUGAAGAACUGCUAUAUGAGAAGACCAAUACCUAG